AUGUUCUCCGCGUACCCCGUCCUCCUCGCCCUCGCGAGCCUUACCCCGCUCGCGUCCGCGCAUGCUGCUUUCUUUCACCCCAGUAUGUGGGGAUUCAACGUCACCGCACAGACUUUCUCCUACGACAACCGUCCCGUGGUCCCUCUCAUGAACAUGCCCUUCGAUGAGUGGUGGUUCCAUGGAUACAAAUCCUGUCCGCCCAACCCAGGCGACACCUUUGAGCUCCCCGCAGGCCAGGCAGCCAACGCUGAGACCGCAUGCGACAAGGGCCUUACCUCCUGGUGGGCCUCCUCCGAAGGAGGCAACAGUGGAUUCCCGACAGACAGCCCCUGCCUGGGGCAACCCACCACCGAGUACCACACGCUCGGGAUCGACGACCUCGGCGGGUGCGCGCUCUCGAUCGCAUACAACUCGGAUGCGGACGCGGUGCAGCCCACGGAUUUUACGAUCUUCAGCGUGAACCAGACGUGCGUGUGGUACCUGAACACAGCGUUCGAGGUCCCCGCGGGCAUGCCGCCCUGCCCCGACGGCGGGUGUAUCUGCCAGUGGCACUGGAUACAUACUCCCGAUGCCGGUUCGGAACAGAUGUACUUGAUCCCCUUCCGGUGCGAGGUCACAGGCUCCACGAGCAACACCGCCAUCGGGACACAGAUGCUGCCCAGACGGUGCGGCGCGGACCCGGCUAACGGCCGCCCCGACGCGACCCCGGGCAACUGCACGGUCGGGCCCAAGUACCCGAUGUAUUGGGACCAGGCGGAAGGGAAUAACAUGUUCGAAGGUAUCUACUCCCCGCCGCUCUAUAAAGACCUCUACGGCUUCACCGACGGCGCGCAGGACGACAUCUUCCAGAACGCGUAUAUCUCUUCCCUCGGACCCGGCUCUGGCUCCGGCUCUGGUGGAGCUGCCUCCACCCCCGCUGCCGCGCCGACGUCCACGCCUGCCGCGUCGCCCACGUCCACGCCUGCCGCGUCGCCUACGACCACGCCUGCCGCAUCGCCCACGUCCACUCCCGCGGCAGCGCCGCCGAUCUCUGACACCCCCGCCCCCUCGCCCGACCCGUCCUCGACACCCGCUCCGUCCCCCGUUAACUCUCCCGACUCCUCACCCUCAGUGGCGCCGUCGUCCUCACCAGUCGUUCCACCGGCAGCCGUCGUCCAGUCCAGCUCUGAGCCCGCGCCCGUGGAGACCCCGGACGUCGCGUCCAGCCCGAGCGUCACUUCCAGCCCCCCGAGUAGCACGCCGACGGUGUCGCUCGCACCGUCGAGCACGCAAAAGUGCCGGGCGCGCCCGUCUGGCGCGUCGUCCAAGAAGCGCCGCUCUGCGCUCCGACAGCAUAAGCGCCACCACGUGCGCGACAUUUCCUUCCACUGA